CCCACGGUUUACCUCUACAUCCAAUAUUUAGCAUUCUACUUAGCAUCACGUGUUGGAAAAAAGAAAUUCCUAAUAUGGUUACUAAACUUCGUCAUAAUUUUGUCAUUAAACGUUGGAGAAAUAAAUAAAAUCAUGCAAGAUUCCUUGCAAAUAUCAGACUCGGGUUAUAUCCUCUGGUGCAUCACAGUUGCCUGGACAAACCUUCGAGGAACAAGUUAUGGAUUAGAUUCGAUAGAAUUUUAUCAAAAUGUUGUUUUGAGACAGAAAAAUAGAGCUGAUUUUAACAAGUUUUUGUAUAUCCAUGAAAGGAAGUAUGCGAUGGAAAAGUAUCUGGCUUAUUGUUCUUUUUUGCCGACACUGACGACUGGACCGAUUAUUUUGUACGAUACUUUUGAACGUGGAUUUUUGGUUGAUGAUGGAGAAAUUCGGAAGAAAUAUGUGAAACUGUUUUGUCAGAUUGGAAGAUAUGGUUUUUGGCUUUUGUUCACUGAAGUGGUACUGCACUUUUUGUAUACGAAUGCUAUGGAACGUUAUCCUUGGUGGGUUCAAAAUCUAUCACCAUGGGAAAUGUACGGCUAUGGAUAUCUUCUAGGGCAAUUUUUUUUGUUGAAAUAUGUUGUCAUAUAUGGCAUAUCUGGUGCUUUAACAAGAGCCUAUGGUGUAAAUGCACCACCAACCCCCAAAUGCAUUGCAAGAAUACAUCGAUACUCUGACAUGUGGAGAUAUUUUGAUCCUGGACUGCACAGCUUUUUAUUCAGAUACGUGUACCUUCCCAUGAGAUCUUGUUACUCGGAGUUACUGACAAACAAUUUAUUCAAUAAAAUAAUGUCUUCGUCAUUUUGUUUUUUUUAUAUCUACAUCUGGCACGGAACAAAACCUUACAUAAUGAUAUGGUCUUUCUUGAACUACCUCGCAGUAACCAUAGAGACGAUUUGUGACGCAAUCGAAGCUUCAGAUUUUUACCAAAAUUUGACAAAAAAAUAUUUGUCGCACUAUUGGCAACUUAGAUUCAACUCGGCGAUCACUUGUCCCUUACUGGCGAUGUCGGCGAUUUCGAAUUUUUAUUUUUUUGCCGGGUUGGAUAUAGGUACGAUUUUUUUGGAAAAGUUUUUGUAUGCUGAUUGGUCUGUUAAUUUGACUCUUUUUGGGUUUUUGUAUGCUGCUUGUAAUGUUUCGCAUAAGAUUAAGAUUUGGGAAAAUAGGCGGAUGGAGAAAAGCAAAAAGCAGUAA